CAACAACACUCGAUUCUAUUUUGCCCUCCAUUAUCAGAACCCAACCGGAGAUCUCCUGUAUGUAAUGUAAGACUGUAACAACUAAUCUCAAACUAAAAGCAAUCGAGAUGGUAUUUUGAGCAUUUAUUAGGGUUUCUCUUUCUUUUUCAGCUGCCACCAUCCUAAGUGAAUUUUAGAGAAAUCUGUAUUCUUAACUUAGAUACUUGAGAGUUCUGUUGAGAACUCGGGGCACCAUACCCCUGAAGCCAUCGAAAUCCAUGAUCGUUUCUGUUCAGGCAGAAUACUGUUCAACAAAUCGAAGAAGAUGAGUGGGACACUGACGGGUUUGUGAUCCCAAGCUUGUCAGUUGGAGAAUCUGAUCUAAGUAAGCCAGAUGGUCCAGAAGUGAAGGACGAUAAGGUCUCUUCUUCAAAGGUUAGGACUAUUUGAUUCAUAGUUCUGACGGGAACAUCUAAAAUAACAAAAGGAGGCUACUGAAGAAGAUGAGAAGAUCUACCUGGCGUCACAAGAGACACCACCUUCACAAGUGAAUCAGCAAGAGCUGAUCUUUUCCUCUGGCUAUAAGCAGUGGAUCAAGCAGAGACUUAAGGAAGCUGAAAUGGAUGUACCCAAUGAUGGGACGUUCUAUAAACCAUUUGUCGGAAUGGAAUUUGACUCUCUUGAUGAGUCAUAUUUUUACUACAAUGAAUAUGCUAGGGCUGUUGGUUUCAGCAUUCGAAGAGCCAAAAACCGUAGGUCAAAUAUAGACGGAGCUCUUAUAUUUCAGCGAUUUUGUUGUUCUAAGGAAGGUCAUCGCAGAAAGAGGCGGGAUAAUGAUGACGAGGAACCAAAGAAAAUGAAAGAUGGUGUCUUAGUAAAGGUGAGAAGACGAAAUGUAAGGUCUAUAAGAGUGGGUUGCAGUGCCAAGUUGGAUGUCAAAAGGGUUACUAAUGGUAAAUGGGUUGUGCGUAAAUUUGACGAAGAACACAACCAUGAAUGUGCUAAUUCAGGGGAAAAGCAUAUGCUGAGGUCUCAAAGACGCAUUCAAUCUAUUCAAGUAGACAUGAGCAUGAGUGACUGUAAGAUAAAGAAACCAGAAAAAGGAGAUGUAAGGGCUCUUCUAAAUUACUUUAGGGAAAUGCAAACCGAGAGUCCAUCCUUCUUUUAUGCCAUACAAGGUGGUAAAGAUGAUCGAAUGUUAAACUUCUUUUGGGCUGAUACGAGAUCAAGGAUGGAUUAUGGGUACUUCGGUGAUGUGGUCUAUUUCAAGAGUAACUAUGGGAUCAACAAGUACGGACGGGCAUUUUCACCGAUUCUAGGUAUAAAUCAUCACCUUCAGACAGUUUUAUUUGGUUGUGCAAUAUUAUUGAACGAGAAUGAGGAGUCCUUAACAUGGCUAUUGGAGACAUUUUUGAAAGCCAUGUCUGGACGUCGUCCAGUUGCAAUAGUUACUGAUGGAGAUGCAGCAAUGAUGAAAGCAAUUGAGCAAGUUUUACCAGGUACCCGUCAGAGUUUAUGUUUAGGGGAGAUUCUCGUGGAUGCUUCCAAUCAUUUUAGUCAUUUGGAAAAUAUGAGGGAUGCAUUUAUUACAGAUUUGAAGAAAUGUAUCUAUGAUACACAAUGGUGUGAUGAAUUUGAGUCAAGUUGGGCAUUGUUACAUGAAAAGUACAAGCUUCAUGAAAAUGAGUGGCUGGAUAAUUUGUACAAGAAACGGCACAUGUGGGCUCCAGUGUACUCGAGGCAUGUUUUCCACGCAAAUAUGAUGACGAUUCAAUGCAUCGAGAGUAUAAAUUCUUACUUCGAUGGAUUCGUGAAUGAGCCACUUCCUCUUUAUGAGUUUCUCAAGCAGUACGAGAAGGCGCUUGAUCAUAGACGGGAUGAGGAAAUAUCGGAAGACUUUCAGUCUCUUGAAACACGGCCUGUUUUGAAGUUAGAUGUUCCAAUGGAACAACAAGCUGCUGAUCUGUACACAAGAUCAGUCUUUAAAGAGUUCCAUAAGGAGUUUUGUGAGAGUUUUAGCUACAUUGCUGAAGAAACAGCAAGGGUAGGAACAAAUUGGACAUAUGCGGUGUCAAGGUGGGGUCAAAAUAGGAGUUGCCUUGUUAGUUUCAGCUCUUGUAAUAAUGACAUACGAGUGAAUUGUGAUUGUCAGAAUUUUGAGUUCAUGGGGAUUCUUUGUAAGCAUAUUUUUAAAGUCUUCACUGUGCGGAAUAUUAUGUUGGUUCCAGAUGUCUACAUCAGGAAAAGGUGGACAAAAAAGGCAAAAGUUGGGGUUUUCUUGGGUGAAGGAUGUAGGAAAGCGCAAGACGACUGUCAGAAAUCUCAAGCCUUGCGUUUUAACGAUCUUUGCCAACUCACUUUUAAUCUUUGUGCUAAGUCUGCAAUAUCCAUAAAUGCUUACCAAACUGCGAAAUCUACUAUGGAGAUGAUAAUUGGAGAGCUGGACAAAGAAGCCGAGGAAGAGGUGAGUAUUACUCAACCUAACAUAGAUCACGUUAGUAAUUUGCAUUAUCCCAUUGAUGCUGUUAAUGGUAUUGGAAGUUCCGAUCACCUAAUGGGUGAGGAUAAUCAGACAUUGACUUCAGGAAACCAUGUUACAAUGCAAAAUCCCCAAAGGGUUGGGGAUACCAGAACUGGGUUCUGGUUACGUCUUUAGCAUUCUCAAAUAUGUAAACAGAUAGUUGAAGAAGUUUUGUGAAUGUUAUUAUGUUUUUUAUAUGAAAACUGAUAUGAUGGAGUUCGACAUUAUACACUUUUUCAAUUGAUAGUGGAACAAAAAUAUUAAGAUCAACAAGGUUUCAAAUAGCUAGCCAACAUGUGUUCUUCCAUUCCUAACUGUAACCAGGUUUGGUUACCUCAGGCUUAAAUAGGCUCAUUUCUUUGAGAUUGAAGCCAGUAAGAUAGAAGUAUCUGAAGUAAUCAUUGCUGCUGUGGUUGGUAAAUUGCCCUGUCUUAACGUCUCUACCGGAUUUACGAUUAUGCACUUCUCUCCGGAAAUUAGAGAUCUGCAGACGCGAUAAACUAAAUAAGGAGUCGAUACCCUAUGAUCUUAAGAAGUCACUCACAGUUUCUUGAAGAACUCGAAGUUGAUUUUAUUCAAAGAGACGAGUAACUAGCAAUUCAUCUGUUGUUGGCCAUAUUAUUUUGAUGGAGCUUGCUACAAUUCAUCCCUUCCUCCAACAUCUGACUCAAUUACUACUACCAGGUUACUUAUACAGUAUGGGAUAUU